AUGGCGAGCAAAUCAUUGGCACUUAUCAGUAUCUACUUAGCAUUUUUCACAAAUGCGAUAAUCUUUACAAUUGUACUUCCAUAUGGAAGCAAAAUGGUAAUGAGUUUUGGGUUAGCAGACAGCAGAGAUGCAGCUGGGACUUGGGUUGGAAUUCUUACAUUUUCCCUCAUGUUCGGGACUUCUAUAUCAUCUCCUUUUUGAGGCCAACUUUGUGACAUCUGAGGAAGAAAGCCAAUAAUAAUGAUAGCAAUGCUAUCAGUUGCUGUUUUUUCAAUCAUUUUUGGUUUCUCAGCCAAUUUCUUGUUUGCACUUAUAUCUCGAUUUUUACUAGGAGCAAUGACACCUAUUGCAAUUGUCGGCAAAACUGUUAUCUCAGAAAUCUGCACUAGCAGUGAGCAGUCUUCAGCAAUGGCUUGACAAAAUAUCUUGUGACAAAUAGGCAUGAUUGUGGGCAGCAUAUUAGGAGGAUUGUUUGAAAGUCCUCAAGAGUCUGGAUUAGUUUCUUCUGGGAUUUUUGCUGAUUAUCCUUUCCUUCUGCCCAAUGUUGUGACUGCGAUUCUUGCUGCACUUUGUUUGCCGAUGAUUUAUUUAACUCUCUGGGAAACCCUUGACAAAUCUCAUAAUAGGCUUAGCCUGAUAAAUGAAAAUAAUAGGUCAUUUUGACAAAUUGCAAAAGAUCCUAUCUGUUUAAAGCCGCUUUCUGCAUAUGCCUGCUUUUCUAGUAACUCAACAGGAUUUCAUGAAAUAGUCACUUUAUGGUUCUGGGCAAAUAUUAACAGCGGAGGAUUUGAGAUGAACCCUAAUGAGAUUGGGCUAAUUCUAGGGGUUGGGUCUUGCCUGGUUCUUUUUAUACAGAAACCAGUACAUAACUUUAUAUGUGGAAAGCUGGGAAUGGUGAAAACUUUGCAUGCAUGUUUGCUGCUCCAAAUCCCUUCUUUAAUGAUUUUUCCACUAGCAAGUGCGCUGAAUAAAGACAACACAAUAAAAUGAGUCAUGCUUUGUUCUAUGUGUGCAUGAUGGUAUCUCGUCCUCAACAUUGGGUUUACUGCACAAGUCAUAAUUGCUAAUAAUUCAAUAGUCGCAAAAGAAAGAGGAAGAAUGAACGGGAUUUCGAUGACUGUGGGAGCUAUGGUAAGAGCUUUUGCACCUUUAGUGUAUGGGUUUAUUUUUUCUAAAACUGUAGAAAGCUCAUGGAUUUUCCCCUUUAAUUAUGCAGCAUCUUUUUAUAUUAUGGCUUUAUUAGCCUGUCUAGCUUAUUAUUCAAGCAGAAAUAUCCCAUCAUUUUUAAAUUCCCCAAUAGAAGAAGCUAUAGAAAACAAAUAUGUGUUGAUAAAUAAUUCUAAAAGCAGAUAA